UCCCUCUCUCUACAUUUUCAAAUUCAAAACCACACUCCCCCCUGCGUUUCCGCUUCCAGACCGUUGCAAGAAAACACCACACAAGAAGAAAACCAAAACGGAGAAGAAGAAAAAGAUCUGAAAAAAAUGGAAUCAAAACACCACCACCACCACUCCCCCACUCCCCUCCUCCUGAAAGACAUCUCCAAUUUCAAAACCCCCAAACACCCCCCUCCCUCCUCCCGAAACCCCAAUAACAACCUCCGCUCCCCCUACACCCCGUUCUUCACUGCCUCCAAACAAACCCCCUCUGUCUCCUCCUCCUCUCGGCCGCGCCCCCACCCUUCGUCCUCCCGCUCCAAAAUCUCCCGGCGUCUCAAGGCCUUCGAGCUUGAACAGUCCAAGUCAUCACGGAAAGCCCAAAUCGACAAGGAGAAGUCGUUAAAGUCGUUGGCCAAAUCGCUCACCGUAUGGCUCAACUUCUUGCUCCAGAACCCUGGGUCGUGCGGCUGCGAUGUGUCGAGAGUGACUGGAGAAAACGGAAGUGCGAAGGAGUUGGAAGCGAGGGCGGGGUUAGGGCACGGGAAAAGGGAGAGUUGUUCUGGUGCUGGGGUGGUUGGGGUGGACACGGCGUGGCGGUGCCCUAAACGGAUGAGGGGAUCCGCUUGGUGUGGUGGUGGUUCGAAGGAAGACGGCUCGAUUUCGAAUUCGAAGUUUUCGGCUUUGCAAUCUUCGUUGCAGGACGUGUGUAGUUUCGAUGAUUUGCACCAGAGAAUGAAGCUUUACUUGAGCUUGGGUAGUUGUAAAGAAAUUUUUAGUGUGAUGACCCAUGUAACAAAGAAUAUAGAUGAAGGAAGAUUGAAAAUGAAAGCACACUGUCCUAUUGUAACUGAUGUUGGGAUGAAGGAGAAGGCAUCAAGAAUCCUUAUGUGUUACAACCCAGUUUGGCUACGGAUUGGAUUGUAUAUUAUUUUUGGUGGUGAUUCGUUGUUGCCAACUGGAGACGUGAAUUCUGAAAAGGAAAUUGCAUUCUUGAAGAUGGUAAUUGAGAAGCAGUUUUUCUCUCAUGGUGGUCUAGCUAGAGUUUAUGCUUAUAACAAGUUAGUCGAAGGUUUAUAUAGACCGGGAUACUUCGAAGUAUUGGGCAAUGUUAUCUUGAAGAGAUUUCUGUUACUUGCACUCAUUCUUGAUAGAGCUAAAACUCAGAGCUGCCUUCCUAUCGAGUAUGGCAUUGAUGCAUUGGAUGGUGGUUCUCCUCUUCUGUUCACUUUGCAGUCCAAAAGUAAAUCAAGUGGUCAACUUAUCUGCGAUUUCUUAUCAUCGGAGGUGAUGCAUGGAGAAGGUAAUCUUCUUGCUCAUCUAGUGAUUGUAGGAUACAAAGUAUCUCACCAUCAGAGUCCUCUCAAUGAGUUUGACUUCAGUGUCACAGAGUUGUUUGUUGAUCUCCGAGAUGGAGUGCGGCUUUGUAGAGCUAUUCAACUCUUGCAACAUGACACUUCCAUUUUGACGAAAAUUUUGGUCCCAUCAGAUAGCCAUAAGAAGAAUGUGGCUAAUUGUGGUAUUGCCAUGCAACAUCUAAAGCAAGCCGGUGUGCCCCUGUUUGAUGAAGAUGGAUCAGUUAUUGUAGGAGAGGACAUUGUUAGUGGAGAUAAGGAACUUACACUUUCCUUGCUUUGGAACAUCUUCAUUCACUUGCAGCUGCCACUUCUUAUCAACAAAACGCUUCUAUUGGAGGAAAUUUCCAGAAUCCGAGGAGGUAACGCGGAAAGCUCAAUUAAUUCCACUCUUUUGGACAUGCUUCUGAAUUGGAUCCAGGCGAUAUGUGAAAGUUACGAUUUCAGGGUUGAUGGUUUUGCGUCACUUGUUGAUGGCAAAGCCAUGUGGUGCUUGCUUGAUUAUUACUUCCGGAAGGAACUUGAUUGUUCAUGUUCUCCAACGGAUGUUGGGGAAACAAGUGGGGAGACUUCAAUCAUGUCACUUAGUGAUUAUACAGAUGCCGUUCACAACUUCAUAUUAUCACAGAAACUGGCUACAUUGUUGGGAAACUUUCCAGAGGUUCUGCAAGUUAGCGACAUACUUGAACACAAAGGUGCAUGUAACAGUCAGAGCGUGGUUAUUCUGUUGGUUUUCCUUUCGUUCCAGCUAAUUAUUCGAAAAAACACGGACCAGCUAAAUUUUCAUAAACUCUUGGGCUUUAGUUGUCAAAGUCCAGAGAGGAGACGUUUAAGUAUGGAACGGUGCUUUGUGAAUUCUGAAGCAGUACUCAACCAAGAAGACAGACAUGGGAACACCACUGAAGAUGGAAUUAAAAGUUUUAAAGCCAUUAUGGCUUGGUGGCAAGACAUGGCUAUGCAGAGCAAAAGAUUUGACAAGCAACCAGGUACCUGUUUGCAGUUCAUAUCAACUAGCAUGAGCAGCAGUAAAGUGGAAAGAGAAAAUGCAGCAAAAGUUAUUCAGUCUCAUUUUAGAAGAUCAAUGAAACUCAAAGACUACAUGCAGACAAGGAGUGCAGUUUCUUUUUUGCAGAAUGUGAUUCGAGCUUGGCUGGCUGCAAAGAGGCAACUAAUCACUACUAGAUUCUGUACCAGACUUCAGGAUUCAUCAUGUGACAGGUGGAAGCAGUCAGAAGUUUUGGAUAGAUAUAUCACAUACAUUGUUGACAGGCAUAAUUUUGUCAAGUUGAAAAAGGCUGUGGAAAUCAUUCAGCAUGCUACAAGGGCUUGGAUUUCUCGGAAACACCACUGUAGAAGCAAUUUAGCUCCAGAUAUGUCUACUUUUGAUGUUGUCAAUGCUGCCGUUGUUGUUCAGAAGUGCAUUCGUGGAUGGAGAGGAAGGUCUAUAUACUUUCAGAGGGUUACUUUGUUCGAGAAUGAACUUCAAACAAAAGCAGCAUCUACUAUCCAGCUUUCUUGGAAAAAGUUUCUUGUCUAUAGAAGCCUCUGCUGUCAGCACUUAGCUGCAACUAAAAUUCAGAGUUGCUAUCGGGGUUGGUUAACGAGAAAGAGUUUCGUAAGUCAGAAGGAAGCAGUGCUGAAAAUUCAAAGUGUUUUUCAAUGUGCAAGGGAUAUUCGACGAUACAAAAUUGCAACUAGAUCAGCAAUUGUUAUCCAAUCUUAUGUACGUGGAUGGAUUGCUCGAAGAGGUGUUCGUCGAUUGACGUUUCUCAUUGUUGUCCUUCAAAGUCAUUGCCGUGGUUGGUUUUCAAGAAGGGAGAUUUUGGCUAAAAGAGAGGCUGUGAUAAAGAUCCAAAGUGCUUGUCGAUGCAUACAAUGCUGGAAGGUUUUCCGUUGUCAUAGGAAUGCUGCAAUAGAAAUCCAACGGUUUGUCAGGGGGCAGAUUGUUCGAAGGAGGCUUUUAGGGGCUUCUUGCCUGUACAAGGGUGUUCCAAUGGAAUGCCCUUCGACUUCAAGAACUUGGUUCCAUAGUCUUGAAUGGGGUAUAUUUCUUUGCUCAGUUUUGAAGUUGCAAAGGUGGUGGAGGGGUGUUUUACUGCAAAAAUCAAGAACAAAGUCAGCAGUUGUUAUCCAAUCUCAUGUACGAGGAUGGAUAGCCAGGCGUGAAGAGAAUAGGAAGAGGCAGUGUAUUAUUAUAAUACAAACGAGGGGUGUUUUAAUGGAGAAAUCAAGAAUGAAGUCAGCAGUUGUUAUCCAAUCUCAUGUACGAGGGUGGAUUGCCAGGCGUGAGGCGAAGAGAAAGAGGCAUUGCAUUACUACAAUCCAAUCAUACUGGAAAGGUUACCUUGCACGAAAGGAUUCAAGGGGGAAGCAGCUGAUUGAUUUACGCUUGAGGGUGAAAAAAACUGCUGCAAAUGUAGAUGACGGCAUGCGUAUUAUAAACAGACUUGUGGCUGCACUUUCUGAUCUGCUGAGCAUGAAAAGUGUCAGUGGCAUUCUUCAUACCUGUGCAACUUUAGAUAUGGCUACAAAGUAUUCACAAAAAUGUUGUGAGAAACUUGUGGAAGCUGGGGCUAUUGACACUUUACUGAAGUUAAUUCGCUCAGUCAGUCGAAGCAUACCUGAUCAAGAGGUUCUGAAACAUGCACUGUCCACUCUAAGAAACCUAGCCCGGUAUUCGCAUUUGGCUGAGGUGCUGGUUGGUAGUCGUGGAUCUUUGGAAACAGUUCUGUGCGAGUUUCUAAGAAACAAAGAGGAGGCGUAUUUCAUUGCUUCUGAGCUUUUGAAGAAGAUUUGUUCAAGCCCAAAAGGUGUUGAAGCUGUACGCAAUUCACCAGCACUGUUGAAGAGGUUACACAAUCUUGUUGAGGAUCUAAGAAGGAAGGCAGGCAAUGAAAAGAGGAAUGCUAGGGGCGUGCUUGCAAAAGAGCUGGUGGAGAGAAGAUUAAGUGAAGCCGUAGAGCUUCUAAACUUAAUUACAAAUGGUUAAAACUACUUCAAACCCUAUAUUGGCAGAUUGUCUAUUUUUGAGAAUUAACUUGCUUCUUCAGUUAGAUGCUGCUCUUGUGUGUGUAUGUCUGCAGUUCAACGGAAAUUGCAACCAUUGCUCUUUGAACUAUGGUUUAGCUAAUACUAACAAGGUUGACAAUAUUGUCAUUUGUUGAUAGUAGACAUGACUAUGGUCGAGUUAUUUUCGCAUUUUGAAAUGCGCAGCACAUUGUUGAAAAUUGAUUUCCACUAUUUAUGUUAAAUGGUGAGAUUUCCAUUUAAUUCCACUAUAUAAGUGAAUAUCUCUC